GGGGGUCGAAUUGAGGAGCCGUGAGGUGAUUGGCGCUCUCCAAGCAACCGCGGUCCCUCGGUAGUCAACUGGCACAGCGACCAGUUCUCGGGUCACAAGGGAAAUCGAACGGCUGAAGGCCUCGGUGUCGCGCGUGGACUCUUGGCGCGCGGGCAGCGCUGCUUAUCACCCGGAGGGAUUCGUUCCUCCCUGGCCUUCUCGGGAAUGAAGGCCAGCAGAGGCUGGGAGGGAGGCUGCUGAGCAGGACCCACCUGUUUUACACCUGGCAGAAGCCCAGAGGUCCAGGUGACUUACUUCCUAACUCAGAGAUGGAGAUAUCAGGCUCAUCUUCUACCAUCUCUGAGCAGCAGCUUCGAAGGCAAGAGGGACUGAACAACACCAAAACAGACGUGGCCAAGCAGAGUCUCAUCUCAUCUGAGCAAUGGCUCCAACUGCAUGGGCUAAAGAGCAACAAAUUGACCUUGAAACAGAUUUUGUCACAACUUGGAUUUCCACACUGUGAAGAUUAUGUGGCUUCUCUGGGAAGACUUGUGGCCUCCCGGUAUGCCGAAGGCCUGUUUCCACGGGUAUGCAGAGCAGAAGAUGGCACAGCAUACAAUCUGAUAGCCAAGUCAGAACUGAUCUGUCAAUUUGUGGAACAUUUAACACAAGCUGUGGAGAGCUAUAAGCAGCGGAUGGACUGGCUCACCAGCAGAAGCCGGCAGAUUUUUGGUGUCAUCUUGGAGCAGUGCAUCACCAUUGUGCUGGAUUUUGGUGGCAUGUGGAAAGAGGAGCUUAAUCUGUGCCAAGAUGCUCUGAAAAUGGUCCUCCAGGAGCAGGUGGCUCACAUAGCCAAGUUUAAUAUCAUAUGGGCCUCUCAAGAGCCUGUGAAGUGGCAGGAAAAUGCUGCUCCUGUGAUGGAACAAUCUAUAGCUGCCGCCAUCAGCUGGGUUGAGCAACUGACCUUUGAGUGGGCUCUGAGACCAACUUGCAGCCUGGAUGCUCUGCUGGAAGCUGGGAAAGAUAAAACUAUUGAAUCCAUUUACUACUUUGUGGUGGGGGAUAUUCCUGAGGAAUCCAAGCAGCUUCUCCUCCAGAGGGCUUUGGAGAUCCCAUGUCCUGUCUGCACCGUGUCCUUCAAUGCCAGAGGAGAAGACACUAUAGCUUUCUUAAAGAAUCUAAGUGCCAACACCCACAGCAGAUUCCAUGCGUUUGCAGAGAGAACAGAGUGUGUGGAAUUUCCUGCAUUCCCCCUAAAAGAUGGUGACAGUGUAGUGACUUGGAAUUCAAGGAAACUGAAAGGAAAACUCCCUCCAGGAGCUGAGGUCCGAGAGGAUGUGUUUCUCAUUUGGAGGGAGAUGGAGGAAGCCUGCAGUACACUGGCCCAAAUCCAGAAGCUGGUGGCUGAGCCUUCGAAGUCUGAUGUGGCCACAUUAGACUGCGAAUCAGGAGCAACCUCUGUUGGAAAUGAAUCAAAUCUAGAAGACACCUGGGACUCUAAGAAGUGGCUGCAGAAAUAUGGCAUAAAAGCCCAAAAUCUGUCAUUUUAUGAUGUCCUUGCCAACUGCUCCUUCCGCCAUGCUGAUGGAGUUGUCGACAUAAAAGCCAAGCCUGAGAAUGAGUACAUACAGACCAGUGCGGAGACCAACAAGAAGAUAGUCCAUGCGAAAUACUGUAGCAGAUUUGUCCAUGUCCCCUGGAAGGAUGGGAGCUUGGUUCACGUCUGCAUUACCAAGGAGAAGUGCACAUGGUACAGUGAGAGAAUUCAUGCAGUCCUGGCCCAGAUCCAGAGGAGGAUUAAAUGGCUACAAGAUGGAAGUCAAAUCCUUUUUGGGAAAGUGUGUAAUGAUUGCGUCUACAUCCUCAUUGAUACAUCUCACUCAAUGAAGGGCAAACUGGACUUGGUGAAGGACAAGAUCAUCCAAUUUAUACAGGAACAGUUGAAAUUUAAAAGGAAAUUCAAUUUUGUGCAGUUUGAUGCUCAAGCAGUUGCUUGGCAGGAAAAACUUGUUGAAAUCAAUGAAGAUAAUUUGAAAGGGGCUCAGUCCUGGGUUAGAGACAUGAAGACUGGGAGUUCCACAAACACUCUGAAUGCCCUGCAAAUUGCUUUUGCUGAUGAAGAAACACAAGCAAUUUACCUUUUGACAGAUGGGAGACCUGAUCAGCCACCUGAAAUGGUUAUAGACCAAGUCAAAGAUUUCAAGAAAAUUCCUAUUCAUACCAUCUCCUUCAAUUACAAUGAUAAGAUUGCAAAUGGCUUUCUGAAAGAACUUGCUUCUUUGACUGGAGGAGAGUUCCAUUCUUACAAAUUUGGCUUCAAGGAUCCCUGGCCCCCAGAGGCUCUUCAGAAUGAAGAUCUCACUCUUUUAAUUAAGGAAAUGGAACAAGGACGCAGUGACCUGGAGAAGAUGCAAAAUCUUUAUUCUGAGUCCUUGAUCAUGGACUGGUGGUACAACGGUGAAAAGGAAGGAGACAAGCAUCAGAAAGAAAUCUGUUCCUUGGUUUCAACCCCAGAAAAAUGUGUAGAUCCUCAAUCUGAUGUUGAAGCAACACUGGUGUCCUCCCUAAAAAUGUCAAAAAUACCAGGGGACCUUUCAAGUCAAAAGAUUCAGAAAAAGAAAGUCCUCCAUGCAGAAUCGACCAAAACCAGCAUGCUCAGAAGCCAGAUAUCCACCCUGAAGAGCUCAGCUUGCAGCAAGAAGGACAACUUUUCCAAUUUCAGCAACUGGAACACUCCAAGUGACAGAGAAACGAGCAUCCUGCUGACAAAUGAGUAUCCAGAUGACAAAUCAUUAAGAAGGUUGACUCCAGAAGGAAGCCAAGGUUAUGACCAGGAUUCUUCAGGUAUGUCUUCAGUAAACUGGCUCAAGACCCAUGGCUUGGUUGCCAGGAAACUCACCAUGAUGGAUGCCUUGUCAGUGACAGCUGUCCCUCACAGCCCCACCUACAUUCCCGUUCUGGACAAGCAUGUUGUUUCCAAGGUCUUUGAUGAGGUGUUCCCUCUGGCACAUGUGUGCAACGACACAAACAAGAUGACAUUAAUUAACCCCCAAGGAGUCAAGCUUAAUAUCUACAGGCAAAAAGUGGAACAGGCAAUUAAAUCCUAUGAAAAGCGAUUGAAUAAAAUUGUUUGGCGAGCAUUAUCUCAAGAGGAAAAAGAAAAGUUAGAUGCAAACAAACCAAUACAGUACUUAGAAAACAAGGCAGCUUUAAAUGAGGCAUUAGAACGACUGAAUUGGCCCAUUUCAUUGAAAGAGCUGUCACUGCUGGAAAAUGAAAUCCUAGCUGGGAAAAUGUACAUCCAGCAGGCUAUGGAACUCCAGGAGGCUGCCAAGAAGGAGAAUCAUGUGAGCAGGGCACUAGCAGAGCAACAGAAAUUUCAAGGAAAUUCAACAAAGAAAAUCAAAUCCAAAAAAUUGGAUCACCUCAAAGGCCAGAAGGUUAUUGCAAGAUGUGAAGAAAAUGGCUUUUAUUUUCCAGGGGUCGUGAAGAAGUGCAUAAGCCCAACCCAUGCACUGGUAGGCUUCAGGUACGGAGACACCAAGGUUGUGCCCAUCUCAUUCAUCACGCCUGUGGGUGGCGCCAUGCCCUGCCCACUGCUCCAGGUUGGAGACUAUGUAUUUGCCAAAAUUGUGAUUCCCAACGGAUUUGACUUCUAUGUCCCUGCCAUUGUCAUAGCAGUUCCAAAUCAGGAUGUGGCUGCAGAUAAAUUCUACACAGUUUUGAAGUGUAACAACCGGAGAGAAUUUUGCCCUCGGAGUGCACUUAUUAAGAUCAGCCAAAACAAGUAUGCUCUCUCUUGCUCCCAUAUAAAGUCACCCCCAGUUCAGGAGGAUCCAAAAGUGGAGAACGUGGACAUGAAGAACUCAGCGUUCCUUAUUAUGCCAGCCAAGGAAGCUGGUGCCCCAGAUUUACGAGAGCUGAGACAGGAGAACCCUAGGAGAAAGAAAAAGAAACCUGCCAAAAGGCUGCCUCUCCUGGAAGUGGUGUCCUCAGACUCAGACAACCCUUUACAUGGCAACAGGUUCCAAGAGUCCUUCCCCAAGAGAUACCCCAAGCCCGAUGGGAGGGGGACGACAUUGUUUAUCUCUGGAACACCCUGA